UGUCAUUGAGUCGGGUAGGAACCAACGUGCACAGAGGUUGUUCCACCGGACGGGGACCCUAAAUGCACACGGAAGAUCGCCGUUUCCCUGGCAACAACGUUACGUUCACUCCUUCACCAUCCGCGUUGACGAUCAAUUGAGAAACAACAUGGACAUCCAGGAGCGCAGUAUCCCGAGCUGUGGAGAGAACAUCGUAGAAAUGGUUGACAUGGACGAAGAAAACUUUGCUUUCUCCAGUUCCUCAGCUGCAGACACCGCUUUUGAUGCCGCCGUCGGCUGCAUAGAGGGCGUCAUCAUGGAGGACGAGUUCCAGCAGCUUCAGCAAAGCUUCAUGGAGAAACACUACCUGGAGUUUGAGGACUCUGAGGAGAACAAGCUCAGCUACACAUCAAUCUUUAACGAAUAUGUUGCCCUGCUGGAGAAAUACCUGGAGCAGCAGCUGAUGGAGAGGAUCCCCGGCUUCAGCAUGAACACUUUCACAGAGCUGCUCAUGCAGCACAAAGACGAGGUGCCAGAUGACAUCUUUGACAUGCUGCUGUCGUUCACUGACUUCAUGGCCUUCAAGGAAAUGUUUCUGCUAUACAGAACUGAGAAGGAGGGCCGAGGCGUGGACCUGAGUCAAGGAAUUAAGGUCACGUCUCUGAUCCCUGCGGGCUCCAAACACACCGGCUCCACUGGAUCGCAGUGACACUCACACACUUGAAUUGCCUCCUCCUCCUCCUCCUUCAUAUGUUGAUGUAAAAUGUUCUCCACGGGCCUUCAGAAAGUAGUUGUCUGUGGUUUUUUUGUGAGUGCUCGGAUGAUGAGCUGCUGGUUACAUUCCCCGUAAAUCUACAGUCUGUGCACAAACGGCAGAUUCAUAUAUGCAUUCUUCUGUGUUUUUAAUGUGGUGGGUGGGAUGCUGUGUGUGUUUGAGGGCCUGUUAGAAGGUGGUGAAGGAUUUGGUUACUCCUCAACCACUGUGCUGGACUUGAAGUAUUCCGCUUUUCUUUAACUGGAAUUUGUAGGUGCGAGGCCUAAUCCUGAUUAUUCCUCUUAUUCACACAUUUGAUUAAGAUUCAGCAUUUAUUAGUUCAGCCUGGUUGGGGAGUGGAAACUCAUCCUCUUUGUCCUUAUGUUGAAAGGCAUCCAUAACCCCCCCAUAAAGAGAGCAGAUAUGUUUGAAUCUGCUCUCUUUGCCUGCUAUGUAAUUUAAUAAGAAAAGAAUAUAGCAGUACUAAUAUAUGUUUCAUGAAUUUUUAAAUUAUUUGGCCAGUUUGAAAAGAACUGAGUGAGUUUUGUGCCUGUGAAAGUGGUUUUUAAUGUGUAUAUACUGAUUGUGUGUGUGUGUGUGUGUGUGUGUGUCUGUAAUUAGGAAUAAGACCUACACGGUGUAGUUUUCAGUACAAUG